UGAGACAAAACAUCUGGGUUGAGAGAGAAACAGAAACCCUAGGCUUCCUAUCUAUCUCCAAAAUCUAGCGAUUUUCCUUUUCAAUUCGAAGCUUCUUGUCAGAUUCUUACACAUUUCUCAUCAAUCUUCGUUUCCAUCAACAUCUACAAACAUUCGCUGAUUCGAUCGACGCUGUCGAUGAGCUCGUAGCUUCCGUCAGUUUAUGUCAAUGUCGGAAACAUCUACGGCGGAGAAAAAUCUCCUUGUCUCGCCCUCAAGCUCUCGGUCCGUUACCGAGACUGUUAACGGAUCACACCGGUUCGUGAUUCAGGGAUACUCCCUGGCCAAAGGCAUGGGAAUAGGAAAACAUAUCGCCAGCGAAGAUUUCACAGUCGGGGGUUACCGUUGGGCGGUAUAUUUCUAUCCUGACGGGAAGAAUCCUGAGGAUAAUUCCACUUACGUAUCGGUCUUCAUCGCGUUGGCGAGCGAAGGAACGGAUGUCAGGGCUUUGUUUGAGCUGACACUUCUUGAUCAAAGCGGUAAGGGAAAGCAUAAGGUUCAUAGCCAUUUCGAUAGGUCGUUGGAGAGUGGGCCUUAUACACUCAAGUAUCGGGGUAGCAUGUGGGGAUAUAAGCGUUUUUUCAGGAGAGCUUUACUUGAAACUUCAGAUUACCUGAAAGAUGAUUGCUUAAAAAUUAACUGUACUGUUGGAGUUGUCGUGUCUGGAAUAGACACUUCAAGAUUACACUCAAUUAGGGUGCCAGAAUCAGAUAUUGGAGCACAUUUUGGCUUCUUACUGGAGAACAUGGAUGGUUCAGAUAUAGUUUUCAAUGUAUCAGGGGAAAAGUUUCACGCUCAUAAGUUGGUUUUGGCUGCAAGAUCACCGAUUUUUCGAUCUAAAUUUUAUGAUGGCCCCGAGGAUAUUAAGCAAGAAAUUGUGAUUGAAGAUAUGGAACCAAAGGUUUUUAAGGCAAUGCUGCACUUCAUAUAUGGAGAUGCUCUUUUGGAAGAUGAUAUAGUGACUCCUAGUUCAUCAUCACCUGAAUCCUCUAUAUCUGAUACAUUAAUAGCAAAACUAUUAGCAGCAGCCGAUAAAUAUGAAUUGGGGAGACUAAGAAGUAUGUGUGAGUCCCAUAUCUGCAAGGACAUAUCUGUUAACUCCGUUGCAAAAACUCUAGCUUUAGCAGAUUGUUUUCAUGCCACAGAAUUAAAAGCGGUUUGUUUGAGAUUUGCAGCUGAGAAUCUUGCAGCUGUGAUGCGGUCAGAUGGAUUCCAGUACCUUAAGGAGAACUGCCCAACACUGCAGUCUGAGAUCUUGAAGACAGUAGCAGGUUGCGAUGAAGAUAGCAGCAGCUGUGGAAAAUCUCGAAGCGUUUGGGCCCAGCUCUCCGAUGGAGGAGGUGAUACUGUCGAAAGGAGGGUAAGGCAAAGGAAUUCUUAAUUAUUUGAAACCAAAAAUGAAAUAGGACAGUUUUUCACCCUAUAAAGGUUGUUGGCUGUAUAAUGUUGUUUUGAUUUAGAAGAGAAUAUGAUGACAUUACUGAAAAAUGAAGAUUCUGGAAAGAAACUAUUAUUUUUUU